AUGGUCAAGGUCAUACCAUGCCCGAUUUCCGGUGAGAAGCUGGUCAGAACGGAGGAGGACGAGUCCAAUGGCUUCUCGUUUCUCAAGAUUGUGAAUCGAGUGGAUAAGUUGCCGCAGGAUUAUUCAACGAAUGAGAAGUUUCAGAAAGAGGUAUUCUACUUGCUGACCCACACCAACGUUAAGAUUGGGUUUGUGCUGAGAUUUGUUGUGCGGGAGCUGGAGACGAUAUGUGGGCCGUUGUUCGAUGAAACCUUCGAGAUCGACUGUUCAGUACAGGGACUUAGGUUUAAAGAGGUGGGUUUCGAGCAAAGAAAUGAGCAAUUGGCCAGAAUAGCGAGGCAGAUGUUUCUGCAUUCCAAGUUGGAAGGAAUCAAGGGAUGGAGGGAUGAGAAAUACGCCAUAUACGACUUCUCUGGCCCCUAUGUGCUCUUGGAACGGGCGAUGGCUGGACUCAUGGGGAUUAUUACUUACGGUAUACAUAUAAAUGGCUAUGUGCUAGACGAUGCGACUAGGACGAUCAAGUUCUGGAUCCCAAGAAGGUCUGCGACGAAAUCUACGUGGCCAUUGAUGCUGGAUAAUAUUAUUGCCGGGGGCCUAGGUUAUCCAUGUACGAUAUAUGAGACAGUUUUCAAAGAGGCCAAAGAAGAAGCCAACAUUGAUCGAGGAUUUAUGGAAUCCAACGUGAAAGCUGCAGGCGUAGUAUCCUAUUUGUGCUUUCUCAACGAUUUCCAGAAGGCGGACUUUUCGAGUGAAUCAGACUUCAUCGUGGGUGAAGUUGAGUACAUUUAUGAUCUCAAAUUGCCAGCGGACAUAAUACCAGCACCUAACGACGGGGAGGUCGAUAGUUUCAAUCUCAUGAGUUUACAACAAACUGUGAAUGCUUUGGUUAAUGGAGAAUUUAAACCUAAUUGCGCGCUUGUCAUGGUCGACUUCCUGGUGAGGCAUGGCUUCAUCACGCCUGAUAACGAGCCGAACUAUCUGCAGCUGGUUUCGAGGAUGCACAGAACGUUACCAUUUCCAACAAUCAAUUGA